UGAGAUCCCCUCGAAAUCCUUUGCUUCCGAUGGCCCAUGGCGUCGAACGCCUCGCGGGGCGGCCGCGACUUCCGGGUGGCGGCGCUUUUCGAGGCGCUGAGAGCCUCAGAGCAGCAGGGCGACGCGCCCGCGGACUGGGGGCGCUUCUAUGAGGAGGGCCAUCCCGGCGGCUUCCUGGGCCCCGUGGCGCUGCGCGGCGCCGCCUCCGCGGGCCUGGGCCUCCGGGCCGCGCGGCGCCUGCGCCGCGGGGAGCUGCUGCUCCUGGAGCGGUCCUGGGCGCUGGGGCCGCGCGGGGCCGAGGUGCCGGAGGCGAGCGCCCAGUUGGUGAGCGCCUGCUGCCGGAAGCUCCGAGAUGCGGCCACGCCGCAGCUGGAGAAGGCGGUGUUUCGGUGCUUGCACCCAGGGGAAGGCGGUCGGGAUGAAGGCUUCCGGCAGAGCGUCUUCAACGAGUACCUGCGGCACCUGAAGUGCGGCGCGCGGGGUUCCGAGUCCUCAGAUCUCGGCCCCGUCACCGAGCGCGUCGGCGCCAUCGUGAAAGCCAACAGCCGGAAGACGGAGCACUGGGACCCCUGGACGCUGCUGCUCAGAGACACCGAGGCGGUGGGGGGCCUGUGGCUGGUGGCCUCCUUGUUCAACCACUCCUGCCUGGGUAAUGUGGUCAUCACCUAUGCAAACAACAAGGAUGGCUCCGUGGCGCUGGUGGCGCGAGCUGCCGUGGACAUCGAGAAGGACGAGGAGCUGCUUCACACUUACGUCUACCCGUUCGACACCGUCCUUGAGCGGAGGAGCAGGCUGCAAGCCAGCUAUGGCUUCUCCUGCACUUGCACCAGAUGCAGCCUGGAGGCGCCCCAUGCAGAAGCGGCUGGGCGGCUGGCUGACAACUUGGAGUCGGAGCUGCAGCAUUUCUCCGCGGCGCGAGGUAUGGGUGCGAGGCCCUCCGACAUGGCAGCGGUGGUCAAGAAGAUGCGGUCGGCUCUGGCUCGCAUUGAUGAUGCGGCUGAGUCGUUGCCUGCAGAUUCCCGCCAGAUGUGGAGGUCACAGUUCCUGUGGGGAGAUCAUGGCUUGGCGAUGGCAGCCCAAGAGGUUGGCCUUUUCGCAGAAGCCGUCGAGGCUUUUGAGCGGUGCCUGGCGCUGGCGAGGUUGGCUGCGCCCAGCUCAGAGUACGAGCUGAAGUACGCGAUGAUGCUGGCGCAAUGCCUCGCUAGGUGGAGGCUUUCGGCCGCCCCGAAGAAUGUCCCGCAGAAUCAGGAGGUGCUGAAGAAGGCGAUGCGUUCCGCUGAGGAGGCCCAUGACCGGCUCUACGGCGGCGGCGGCCGACAUUUCCUGACGCGCAUGAAGCGCAGGCUGGAAGAUAUCUACGCGGCCCUGCGGCGAUGAGCACCAGGAAGCGGUCUGAAGCUCGCAGCCUGGACUCAAGGCACCCGGGCGUGCGCUGAGUAAGCGCGCGAGUGGGCGACGAAACCUCCGGAGAGGAGACGAUGUGCCCGCGGGGCGGCUUGGAGCUGGCGGAAGUUCACUGGUUUCGUUCCGCAGGGAGGAGACGAAAGGAGGA